ACCACAACAACAACAUGUGAAAUUGUGAAUUAAUGUGAAAUUGUGCUUAUAAUCGUGAGAUUCAUAUAAUUCGUAGUUAUUUCCACGUUUUUGCAUUAAAUAUUAUUUAUUUGGUUUCAUCUUUACUGUCACAAUCAUUAUACAAAUCAUGAUUUUGUGAGGACAACCCAAGAUGUCAUUUGAUUUUGAUGAAUCUGUCGCUGAUAGAGCUGUGAAAAAGUUUCUUGAGGUGUAUGAGAAACUCCCAAACAGUGGUAAACCAAAUUACGAUGAAUACACUGUUUUAUCUGGCAUCUUGUUGUUCGAUAGAUCAACAGGUUAUACGGAAGUGAUAUCGAUAGGUACCGGCACAAAGUGUAUAAGUGGUGCUAAACUCUCUCCCCUAGGAAAUAUCCUAAAUGAUAGCCAUGCUGAAAUUAUAGCUCGAAGAGGGCUAUUAGUAUACCUUUACGAAGCUAUGAAAAGAACUGCAGAAGGGCAGAUGACCGUGUUAAAAAUGGCAAAUGGUAAGUUUGAAUUGCCUAGCAAUUAUGAAUUGCACUUCUAUACAUCACAACUGCCGUGUGGUGAUGCUACUAUAUUGCCUACUGUUAAACUUGCACCAGACGAAGAAUGUUUACCAUUAGAGUCAAAUAAACGCAAGGCUGAUGAUGAUAUUUCCGAUAUUGACAAAAAGAAAGAGCUAAGAGUGAUCCCAGAUGUCUUUAGAACUGGAGCUAAAUGCCUUCCUCACUGUGAGCAAGAUACUAAAGAACCCGGAGAUACAUAUCACUUGCUCGGCCAAGUUAGAACAAAGCCGGGACGUGGUGAAAGGACUUUAUCUGUGUCGUGUACUGACAAAAUUGCAAAAUGGAUGCAUUUAGGUUUACAAGGCAGUCUUAUGGGGUUAUUGUUUAAUAAACCAAUUUAUUUAAAGUCCAUCAUUAUUGGAGGAGGGGUGCCUUUUAGCCAAGAAUGUUUGAAAAGAGCCCUGGUUUUAAGAAAUCCAAAUUUUACAAUAGAAAAUAUACCAACAUUUGAGCAGUCAUCCGUGGUGUUCCCCCACAAGAAAUCUGAAACCAGAUAUAAGGCUGGACCUACCAGUAUCAUUUGGGUUAAUCUUGAUAAUGGUUACCCUGAAGUUGCAUGUUUUGGAAUAAGAAGGGGAACAACAAAAAAGCAUAUAAAUUAUGAAAGAACGUUUCUAAGUAUAUGUAAAUAUGUAUUAUAUCAACGAUUUGUAGAAGUACUGUUAUUGCUUGAUAAGGAUACUGUUCCUGGAACUGAAGCUGUCUUGACUAUACCCUACAACAAAAUGAAGAGGAAAAACAAAUGGUAUUAUGAAAAAUGGGAAAUAGUUAAGGAGGUAUUUUUCAAAGCAUGGACUAAAAAACCAGAUAUGUGGGACUUUUGUGCAGAUUCUAAACUGAUGGGAGUCAAACCAUGUUAAGGGCUGUAGAUUUGUAAAGUGUUUUUUUACUGCCAUGUCAUUUGAUCAAAUACUGUGAUAAAUGAAAUCAACAAACAAAGUUGAUAAAGUUGUUAAUUAAUUUAUAUGAAAAUGUAUUGAUGCAUAAUUACCUAAAAGUGACCUAAGUAAGUUUAAUACAUUGAUUUUGUUACA